CAGGUCCCAGAGCGUCAAGUAGUCAACUCAACACCUGUAACAGCUAAUUCAAAACAUAACGACGCCAGCUCUCCUUUCCCAUGGAGUAUUUUUGACAAUGCACCGGGAGGUUACAGAUGUAGCUGGGGUCUGGCAGCUAUGACCAUGGUGCUGUGCUGGGGUGGUUUGUUGGUGUUGGCGGCCCUAUCCCGGGCCCUGGGCACUCUGCAGCAUUCAGAGGAGCCUUCUAUGCCAGAUGAAUGGGUCCUGCUUCAUGUCGUGCAAGGCCACAUUGGGGCAGGAAACUACAGCUACCUGCGUCUCAACCACGAAGGACGCAUUAUCCUGUACAUGCAAAGCCUUAAGGGAGAUGCAGAUAUCUAUGUCUCUGACAAGACGCUGCGGCCAAACUUUGAUACCUACAAGCUUCAGUCUACCACCUGUGGCCAGGAUGUGGUGAUCGUCCCGGGGGAUUUUGUUAGGCCUGUUGGAAUUGGAAUCUACGGACAUCCAUCCUACAUGGAGAGUGAGUUUGAGAUGAGGGUGUUUUACGACCAGAUGGCACAUACAGAAGAGGAAGUUGAGAAAAACUCUUAUUCCUCAGAUGAGACUCCUGGACAGUCUCAACACUCUCAGGGCCCUGAGGACGGGAUGGAAGAAGAGGAAUCAAUCCUCUGGACUAUUCUAAUUGGGAUUCUUAAGAUCAUACUUGAAAUUUUGUUUUGAUUUUGAUGUUCCAGCUGCCAACAUAACACAUUUGCCACAAUUAAAAAUGUUUCUAAUUUAGAACAAAUCAGCAGUUUUUUUUUUUUGUUUGUUUUUUAGUUUUGGCAAAGAACUAGAAAUACUUUGCCUGGGGUUUUGUUUAAAUCUUGAGUUGCACCAUCACCACUCUAUAGAGAAUAUGUUCAUUUCUUCUCAAAUUUGAAUAUGCAAAUUAUACAUUUGUUUGUCAAAUUAGAUGGCAUAUAAGCACAAUUGAUUGCACUGAUUGAUAUGUCAAACACAAAUUCUCUUAUAUUUUAUUGAUGGAGUUUAAAAAAUCUUUUGUGUGGUGCAUUUGUUUGUCUUUUACUGACCUGGGGAUGUGAAUUCUAAGUUUUAAACUGCACUAUGCAAUCACACAAAUCACCUUGUUACGAAGGUUGUAGGCUGUGCCUAUUGUGAAGACAAGAGUCUGUUGACUAAUAAGCCGCAAAGACUUUUCUGCACCUGUAGUUGUAUGAUACAAAUAAAACCACUU